CAUGGCCAGUAUGUUACUGAUCUAAAACAGUGGAAGAACGUUUUUCUGACGCAUAUUGCUGAUCUCAAGGAAUCUCCUGGUGUUGACUUAAAGGGGACACUCUUUCUUACCGAACACGAAACCAGGAUACUCAUUCAUUGGGUUCCAGACCCUGAUCAAGACAAUUCGCUCCCGGAUAGUCUGAAGAAGGGUUACGAAUUGGACGUGUGUGACCUGAAGCACUUGGUAUGCCGCGUCUUACCCGGAUUCCAUUGUCGUGCACUAUACUUGACUCUAAAAAACAACACCACAUACGGUCCCUUUACAUUCCGCACCGGUGGAGCUAGCAAUUUCAUUGACACGUUGGGAGAGACUCUGAUCCUUACUAGAUCGGAGGAAGACAAGACGCUGUACUUCGUCCGACCUCGUCCUCCACAACCAUUCUCUCUUUAUCGCCUUCCAACCGC